AGGACUUCGUGCUCUCCAUGCAGAAGCCCUUCAGCUUCCUGGAGAGAGAUGAGAAGAAGAGAGAGAAGCUGAUGGAGAGCAUUUGAAAGAGGAUGAUAUGUAGAGGAUGAUAUGCAUCCAGCCGAGGGCCCAGGAGAACUUGAGGAAGUCCACAGUACCUAUAGAGAACCAAACUCAUACUGAGAACCCUGGACCUCACAGCUCCCAGCACACUAAGAAGGAGGUCCUGGCCUUCCUGGAUCAGACCACCUCCCAUGUCCCUGACUUUGAUAGACUGCACAAGGCUUUCCACAGGGAAGCCUUGAGGAGGGCCGAGAGGAAAGAUGUGACCAAGUGUCAGCCCUUCCACCUGCGGACAUCAACCCUGCCCUCAAGAACAAGCAGGAGCAGCUCUGAAAAAGAACAAGAAUCCAUAAUCAGUGCCUUUUUGAAGAGAAGCAAUUCCUUUGGUGGUUUAACAUCGCUGUCUACAGAUACGCUUCCCACCUACAUUACAGAUGCAGCAAGGAAACGUCGUAUGGCCAUUAGAAGGUCUGUGGAGCAGAGGGAGAGCACGGAGCAGGAGAGUGCAGAGUUUAUGAGGAAACACAGGAUGAGGUCUCAGGCCAUGAAGAAGGCUGUCCGUGCCAAGGUCAUGGACCCUCACAGCAGCCUGAAAGGUGAGAAGCUGAAACAGCACUGCGAGUCUGAGCAACAAAGGAUGAAAGAGUAUAAGAAGGAGCUACAGGAUAUGAAGACCAGAGUCACUGACCAUCCUUACCUCUUUGAACAGGUGUCACAGAAAAACGCAGAGCGACUAUGCAGAGUGAAGCUGGUUUGAAUGAGAGUUUGAAACGACACCGAUCUUCAAAUCUGAUGACAAUUGUGAUGACCGAAGUAUUGAGAGUAACAUGGAGAAGAGGUACCUACAAUGACAACAAGGUUGUGUAGCAGUGUGUCUACCCACUAACUGUUAGUUGUAUUCAUACAAUAUAUAAUACCACUAGGAAUACCACUGCAGCUGGAACUCCAAGGGCGCCAUGUGGUUUGGUCAUUUAUACAAUGUUGCGUUACAUAAUACAGGGAGACUGUCAUAAAGUAUUUAGUGAAGAGGUGACAAAUACUGCAGCCAAGCAAAACGUUGAUGUAAUUACAAUAUAGACCUUUUCUAACCCGACAUGUCUGAUUUAGGGAUGGAAACAUAGACGUCUGGGAGAAAAUUGAAGAGGUAGAGGAAGAGAGCGUGAAAACCAGAGUGGAAAUAAAUGUAUGAUCAAAAAGGUCGACCCGGCAUGAAACUCCAUAUAGCCAUUUUGUUUCAAAGAGCACUAUGUUCUAAAAUAAUUCUAGUCUAAUUGAACUAUGUUGACCCGGUCUUUGACUGUCUGACAUGUUUGUUAUGGAUUAUGACCUUUCUAAACAGGGACAUGUGGCCUCUGGAGCUUUUAAAUUGAUAUUAACUGGAGCAAAUGUGAGAAAAUUAAUAAAGGUUUAUAUAACUAUAUAUUUAUAAAUCAUUUUGACUUAUUAAAACUGACUAUCAAGGGCUUAUUUGGUUUUAUACAAUUUUGCCGGGAUACGCGUGGCAUUACAAAGGAGAACAGAUACUUAGUAACCAGAUGGAAAAAAAGGGUUUAAAAACAAAACAUAGGCCAAUACUACAGAUUCUGAAUGGUCCUGGUGUAGUUAGUAUGUCAUCCUUCACUGAUAAAUCAAAGUGCUGACAGUGAUCUAAGGGAUAUUAUAGUACGAUAUUAAAUCUGUCAUGCAAGGCCAUAAAUAUGUUGCCAAUGGACAGGUCCAAUAAGGACAGGAAACGUCAGAAAUGGACAUUUAUUUGAUGCUUUGGUUAAGGUCUCUGGCUAUUUCAAGAGCCACAGUGCCAGUUAAGUAUAUAGGUCUAGACAUUCAUUUGCCAUCACAAAAGGCAUUCAGUGCACUGCUCUCUGCCCAUUUCCACUUAAAAUGGGGUUUAAUACUGGCCUCCACAGUGAGCUGAAGCAGUUUACAGCCAUGUAUUUAUGGGAUUUUGCUAACCAGAUGGAAAUAGCUGAAUAUGUAUGUACAUUACUGGAUAUCAAGUUGGCUGAUGAAACACACUCAAAGAAGCUGACAACAGACACACUAGCUGGCAGCCGACCACCAUUCCAAAGGCUAACAGCUAUCCGGAAUCCUAGGGGCAACUCUACCCUAAACUCUAAACUCUAACCCAAACCUUAACCCCUACCCUAACCCUUACCAUAACCAUUUUACAUUUCAACUUCAAUGGGGUAGUGACGUCCCAAGGAUCCCGGAUAGCAAGGACCCAUUCCAGAGCCAUACCUUGUUGUCUCCAUGGAGACCAGUUUAUAUGGUCAUUUGGAGGGUACCAUCACAGAACCGUGAUGUGAAGUCCCACCUCAAAUGUUUGGCUGUAUUCGGAUAAAGAUGGCUAUGGAAGUCAUUGAGUGACCUUAAAUGGUCUUUUACACUGUACAGUAGGCCUGAAAUCCCAUCAAUCAAACCAGCUGUAAUCCAUUCAAUCAGCUGAAAUCCCAUCAAUCAAACCAGGUUCACAUCGGUUGGAGAUGCUUGAAUGACAGAUCCAAGAGAGCUCAAGCAUCACAUGACAGAAGUUCAAGGGCUCCAGUGAGGUUGUCAUGGAAACCAUGUUUUUCCUCUUUACACCCCCCAGUGGUCAAGCAGGAGACUGCUUUUUACCAUCUUGGGUAUUCCAUACAGAAGUUACAAUAAACACAGAGAAUGCCAUGGCUAAUAGCACAAGAUCAUAUGGAAUACAACACUAUCACCUCUCUGGCCCAGAGAAUAGUAGGGCAAGGCUGUUUAAUUACAUCCUAACUUUAAAGGUGUGGGGACAAAACCUAUGUAAUGAAACAGUUGAGCAAGCAUUCCAAUAAAACAGGCAAUAGCAUGGCUGAGAAAAAAACCAUCUCUUAUGUGGGGUAAUGACAUGCUGUAAGUUUGGCCACCAGACUUGGUCAUCUGAGUGUCUGAGAAGACGCCUCUCCAAGCAGUUAAACAAUAACCAUAUACUUUUGCAAAGGUGGAGCCCUCAAGUCUGUUAUUACUUCAGCUACAUUAUAAAAAUUCCCACACAUUUCAUUAUUCAAGUGCUCCAGAUUAAGUGUAUGUGGUUGAAGCACUACAGAGUUUCAUUCAGUGUAGUUUUUGGGCAUAAAACUAUCUGAUGGUAGAAAGAUUCAUAGCAAGGUUAAAGAGCAACUCUAAAAUGUUCAUUUGGGCCCCCAAUUGGGGUCUGACAUUCCCCAUUAUGCAACAUCAUGCUUAUGAUUAACUGUUUACUUAUCCCGCAUUAGUUCAUUGCACUCUAACCUUAUAUGAGGUGACCAGUGGGAGGAGUUAUAGGAGGAUGGGCUCAUUGUAAUGGCUGGAAUGGAAUGAAUGUAAUGGUAUCAAUCACAUCAAACAUAUGGAAACCACAUGUUUGACUCGAUUCCAUGCCACUACAAUGAGCCUGUUCUCCUAUAGCUCCUAUCACCAGCCUCCUCUGGAGGUGACAGUGCAAGUCAAGGUGCACCCUAUAUGUGUUUGUUUAUUUAUGGGGAGGUUGAUGUUUUUGACAGCCCUUGGUUCACCUGCAGGAGGAGCUGUAGCUCAUCACAUACUCAACAGAUAAAAAGAGAGAAAUCUUUCCUU